GUUCCUCCUUCCCCUCGCCGCCUUAUUUAUUCGCCGGCGCGGCGCGCAGGGCCGAGCUGCCAUUGCAUCCAAAAAUUAACCAGGCCACGAGAGAGCGUCGAACCCGAGCCGCCCCAGCUCCCCGCGGUCCCGUGCGCGCGCCACGCCAUUCCAGACGGCGGCGCGGCGAGGAACCAGGCUGGCCGUCUGAUCGGCGACGACCCGCGCGCGUGUGGUCCCUGCCCUCCCUACGCUCGCCGGAGGCCGAGGCCGCCGCGUUUGCCGCGCGGGAAGAUCCCAGCCGUCCGAGGCCGGUCGGACGGCUGUGCUGGCGGUGCAAAAAUAGCGUGGAUGCUGGUUUGUGACGAGGCGUCCGGACCGACUGCGACCGAGGAUUAGACGGCGGCGUCCCGUUCCGUCGUCCGACAGGCGCGGCGGCCGCGUGCUGGUCGCGCGGAGAUCGGGGAGCGGCGGCGGUGCCCCUGUAGGACAUCGCCGACGCCGAGCUCCGCGACAAGAACGCCAGCGGCACGGCCGCCGAGGAGAGGGCCUCGUCCGGUCACCAACCCUCCUCGUCGUCCUCGGAGGCGUCGGCCAUGUCGUUCGAGCGCGAGGGUUGCCCGGCCGCCUCGCCGCCUCGGACGCAGCUGAUGGACCGGCACCCGUCGUUGGACAGCGCCGGGACGGCGGCCGACCCGGACAGGAUCCCCGCGGCGGUGUUCGAGCGGGACGACCCGUCGGAGCCCAACAAGGACUGGAGCAUGAUGUCCACGGAGUCGGUGUUCGGGCUCCAGGUCGCGCCGUCCAGCGACUUCACCGGCUUCUUCCUGGCGCACCCGGAGCUCAUGGACAUCUCGACGCCGCCGCGCUCCAGCAUGGUCGCCUCGCCUCCGCGCACCAGCGCGGUCGUCGACGCCGACGCCAAGGCGCCCCACGUGAUCUCGCCGCCCUUCGACAGCAUCCCGGAGCUCCCCGAGAACACCAUGAAGGGCAACUAUUCCUUCGCCUUCCCAAACUUGAUAGAGGACAAGAGGAACUACUCCAGGAGGACUCCGCAGGAGGAGCAGCCGCCGGAGCCGGCCGCGCCAAUGGAGCCGGCCGAGGCGGCGCCAGCGCCGGCACAAGCGGAAGAGGAGGCGAAGAGCCAGCCAAGCAGCAAGCCGGAGGGAGGAAAGGGCGGCUUGUUCUCGUGCUUCCCUUGCUGCUGAUAAGCGAGCAAAAUGCGAUGCCCGAGCCGAAAUGGCACGAUGUCGCCUGUGCAAGUGGCCUCUUGGGCGCUAUGUAAAGUGAAGUGGUUUAGGGCGCGAUGAGUGGCUUCGCGUGUGCAGAAAUGCAGGGUGUGAGGGCUAAACGUUUUCCUGGUGCAGCAAUGGUGUUGGGGCAGCAGAGGUUCUGGCAUGGAAGUAUACAUGUCUAAUUCAGAGUGGCUAUACUGGCAAUGCAACGAUCUUUUUAUGUACUAUGGGGAGACCGAAAAAUUUGAAGCCGUUUUUCGCGUUUCUGUAAUGAUCUGCCUGAAAGUAGACUUGUAGUUGAAGAGUAAAUGCUGCAGUUCAAAAUGCAGUAUUGCAUACUUGUUGCACAUAAGCAAGGGUAUCGGUGCCUGGACUCUAAAAGGCCAGGGAUGAAGGUAUUUUGGCAACAAGAGCUGAAGGUAAAACAAGUGGGACAUCACAGGUUCAUC